AUGGAAACUAGCUUCAACUGUAUUUGCGGACAAGGCUACGUGCUUUCAUCGUCGAGGGAUGCUUGUGUGGACACUGACGAGUGCGCUAUCAAACCGGAAAUUUGUGGGAAAGGAGUCUGCAUGAAUACCCCGGGUUCCCAUCGCUGUGAAUGCUAUCCCGGAUUCCGGUUGACGCCGUCCGGAGUUUGUGAAGAUAUAGACGAAUGUGCCAGGCCGGAGCCGAGUUGCGUUGAUGGACGCUGCAACAAUACCCUCGGGAGUUUCCUUUGCCACUGCGACGAAGGCUGGGCGUUGGAUCACUCGGGCACCGUGUGCAUUGACAGAAGAGAAGAGCUGUGCUUCAGUUCGCACCAAGGUGAUGAAUGCCUGGACCCUAGACUGGAAAUGAUGACCAAGAAAGAAUGCUGUUGCACUGCCGGAGCAGCUUGGGGUGCUCAGCAAUGUGAAAUGUGUCCACUGCAGCACACGAAAGCCUCAUGA